AUGUCGCCCUCUGACGAUGUCGAUCCCUCCGAAGGGAAAUCCUCCGGAGAGAAAUCCACCGCUGGGCGCUUCGGUCCCCCGUCCCCUGCCUCAUCCUCGUCUGCAAUUGCCGUCGGUAGCGGCCAAGAAGCCGCCGUCAUCCAGAGUAUCGAACGCGGCGAGUACGACUGCAACGACCUCGAUGACACCCGCAGCCUGACCGAGAGCAUCCGCCAGCACAUCGUCGAUGGCGGCCUCCGCUACCACGCUUAUCACGCCGGCAAAUAUUUAUUCCCCAACGACGAAACCGAGCAAUACCGAGACGACCUGAAGCACAACCUCUCAAUCUACUUGUGCGACGGCGAAUCAUUCUUUGCACCCAUUCAUGAACGGCUUGAAACUUCAGCCAUGGUGCUUGAUUUGGGCACUGGAACUGGAAAAUGGUGUAUCGAUCUGGCUGAUGAUUACCCCAAUUGCGAAUUUCACGGCAUGGAUCUGUCGCCAAUUCAACCCGAUUGGGUUCCCGAGAAUGUCUUGUUUGUCGUAGAUGACAUCGAGCACGAAGCAGGCUGGACAUAUCCUGAUGAAAAAUUCGAUUAUAUUCAUAUCCGCCAUACCAUCCAUUCCAUAAGGGACCGACCCCAAUUGUGGGAACGAAUAUACAAACAUCUAAAACCUGGGGGUUACGUCGAAAUCCAGGAGUUCCAAUACAUUGCGGCCUGCGACGAUACGUCUUGCGAUGGUCCAUACGCUGUCCGGGACUUUUUGCGCUACCUGAAAGAAGGCAUGGCAGCCCUGGGCACCGAUCUUCUCGGCAUUCGUAAUGUCGAAGACGAGCUCAUUGCCGCAGGUUUCCGAGGCGUCGCUCAAACCAACCUCAAAUGCCCUAUUGGACCCUGGGCCAAGAAAACCCGGCUGCAGGAAUGUGGUCAUGUCUUGCGAGAUGUCAUCAUGUGGGGACUUAUUGGCUUGUCCCGAAGACCAUUCCGCGACGGCUUGAAGUGGACAAGCCUCCAAAUCGAAAUGUUCCUCGUCGACGUUCGCAAGGCCCUCAGCGAAGAGGUCAAUGGCCUACCAAAAUUCCACUCCUACUUUCCGUUUCACAGCCUCUACGCACAUAAGCCAUUGAAGUAG